AUGGGCCUUGUGUCCUUCCCACAGCCGUCGCCAGAGGCGCGUGACCACCACACAGGGAGGGGACUCGUCCCCCUCAUUGUGCUGCCGCCCUGGCCUCGGGAGACCCACCUUGAACUCCGCCAGGCCUUCCUGAGCUGGGGACAGGCCAGCCACGGGCGUGACGCAGCGCCAUCUAGCGGACCGGGCUGCAGCGCUGACGGGACGGCUGGCUGCCCAGUCUGGGGCUGGCGGCUGAGGCGCAGCCUCACAGGGCAGGAGGGCACACGACACCUGCAUCGUUCUAGCAUAAGAACCUCAAGAAAACCACAGGAAUCUAAGGCUGUGUUCUGUGGAGUCACAGAAAGCUCUGUUCACAUGGCAGCCGCUGAAAGUGUAAGAGAACCACUGCCCGGAGGGGGCUAG